CCAGCUCCGCCUGGUGCCGGGACUCCGAGGCGUUGGGCAUCUGCUUCGUCGCUUCGUCUCUGGUCGAUCUGCUUCCUAUACUUCUAGAUCUGCUUCGUCUCCGUUGCUACGACCUUGACCCCAAGGUGAAAUCAACCCCCAAUCGUUCUAUUUUCUGGUUCAUGCUUCAUGAGUUAGGGUUUGGUACAGUGUGUUGUUCAUGUUAUACCUGCUGCGAGUUUGAUUUUCAUGUGGUUUGCUUUGGAUUUAUAUUAAAUUGGUCGAUGAUGUUGUCCUUUACGUUCACUUGGAGGUAUCAUAUAGAUGAUGCAGCCGUGUUCUUUUUCCUUACUGAUUCAUUUUGCAAAUAUGCUGAGGCCAAGCAGGGUAUGAUUAGAUUAAUUCUUGUAUCAUUGUUAUAUGCAUGUAGAUGGAUCCCUCUUUGAGCCGCGAGCUGUUGUGUAAGCAAGCAGCUGCCUUGACAGUAGUGAUGGUUUCAUUUGUUACAACUAGGCUUAAAAGAAAAAGGUUUGAUCCUGAAGUAGAGCCUGACCCUCUAGUCUAUGUACUUAGGGAACAAAGUGAACUUCACAGACAGAGGACCCUCAACAUGAUUUACAACUCCACUGAUGUAGAGUGCAUUUCCAUGCUUAGGAUGAAGAGAGCCCCUUUUUUUGCUUUAUGCACGACCUUUAGAGAGAGGGGACUGGUAACUGAUAGGGAGGGGGUGUCAGUAGAGGAGCAAGUUGCCAUGUUCUUGCAUGUUGUUGGUCACAACCAAAGGUUCAGAGUUGUGCACCAGGCCUUUAGGAGGUCCAUUCAGACAGUACACAAGCACUUUCAUCAGGUUUUGUAUGUUGUUGGAGAGCUUAGGAAGGAACUUAUCAAGGCACCUAGCCCUACCACUCACCCAAAGAUCACUGGAAGCUAUAGAUGGAAUCCAUAUUUAAAGGACUGCAUUGGUGCCAUUGAUGGCACCCAUGUGCUGGCAAGGGUGCCUAGACACAUGCAGCAAGCUUUCAGGGGUAGGAAAACUAACCCGACACAAAAUGUGAUGGUUGUUGUGGACUUUGACCUCAAGUUCACAUACGUUCUAGCUGGCUGGGAGGGGUCUGCCCAUGAUGCACUUAUCCUGGCUGAUGCCAUUGAGAGGGAUGAUGGGUUCACUGUCCCACAAGGUAAAUUCUACUUGGUAGAUGCGGGGUAUGCAUGCCGCACUGGCUUUCUACCCCCUUCAGGGGGGUUAGGUACCAUUUGAGUGAGUUUGGGAGCAGAAAUCGACCUACCAAUGCAAGAGAACUGUUCAACCUGAGACACUCAUCACUUAGAGUAACUGUGGAGAGGGCUAUAGGUGCAUUGAAGAACAGGUUUCGUAUCUUGGACAACAAGCCCUUUCACAAGUAUAAGACACAAGUCAAGCUUGUGUUGGCAUGCUCGAUCUUGCAUAACUGGAUUUUAGGCUUUGGCAUUGAUGAAGUAGUGCCUGAUGAGGAGGGUUUCACUGGCACACAACAAGAUCCACUAGAUGACAAUGGUAGCCAGAGCCAAGAAUCCAGUGCCAUGGCUGCAAAGAGGGAUGCCAUUUGCAAUGUUAUGUGGGAAGGGAGGGGAAGCUCUAGGAUAUGAUGGUUUGUUUACCCUGCUAUGGAACUCAUGUUUGUUUGAUGAUAAUGUAAUAAUAUGAUGGACAUGGCUGAGACCAAUUUUUUUAUUCCCAUUUGUCUCUUCUUGUUGUGCUGAUAUUAUUAUACUAAUUUGUACAUGCAAACCAGUGGUAAGAUGCCUUCAGUCCCAGCUGGUGAUCAGGGUGGGUUUGUCCCAGCUACUGAUGUGAUGACUGAGAUGAUAAGGGUUGGUGCUAGUGCAGCAGCUAACGCUGAUGAUGCUACUGCAUCUAGUGCCGGUGCUGCUCCAGCAGCAGCUGGUCUUGUUGCUGCUGUUCCCGGGGGUCCUAGGGCAAUGAGGUGGAACAACAACACCUCUGGAUUUAUUCUUAGGAGGAUGGCUCAAGGCAGGGGCUUUGUUCACAUGACUGAGGCACAUAGAAACAUUUGGCUUAGGACCUUCCUAGCCAAGAACUACUACAUGUAGGUGAAUUACAUGUUGGUGUGCACCACCACCACUCUCUCUUCCUGCCCACUCUCUCUUUUGACUACAACUAGAAAUAGUUUGUUGUAGACAUUUUGGUGUGCAGUCUGGUUUACUCCCACCAGUCCUUUUGUCUAUUUUACCUAGGAGGGUGGCUAACAAUAGGUAACAUUUGGGUGGACACCAUUUGAACCCUAAGCUAUUGGGCUCAAACUUAUUGUAAGGCACUAUUUGUAUUCUUACUAUGAUUGAAGUUUUUACUAUGAUUGAAGUUUUUA